GCGGCCCGGAAGGGCAAGUCGUCCAUCGUCCAGAUGCUCCUCGAGUCAGGCAAGGUUGACGUCAACGUCAAAGACUCACGGCUCGAUCAAGCGCCGCUGUUGCUGGCCGCCAGAUCGGGCUUCACGUACAUGGUCCAGCUGCUGCUGGACACGGGCAAGGCCGACGUCGACACCAAGGACAGCUGGGGUAGGACACCACUAUUAUGGGCCGCGGCAAACGGCCACGGGGAUAUCGUCGAGAGACUCCUCAAGACGGGCAAGGCCGAUGUGAAUGCGAGGGACAUGGCGGGUCGGACGCCGUUGGCUGUGGCAUGCGAGGUUGGUCACAGCGGCAUUGUCAAGCAGCUCCUAGCAGUAGGCAACGUUUUCCUCGACACCAAGGACCACGAGCACAGAACGCCGUUGUGGUGGGCCGCCCACGAGGGCCACGAAGAGGUCGUCUGGCUGCUUGUGGCCACAGGA